UUUCUUUUUAAAUCUUUAAUCUACGUUCGCCAUAUUUUCCACAAGCACUAGCUGUGAUAGAUCCUUUACUUAGGUGCUUAGAUUAUUUUAUUAAACAGUACUCGACACAAUAUAUGACUAUAAAAAAUAGCGCAAUUUAAAACAUUAAUGAUUAUUUUAAAUCACAAGGUUUAUGUUGACAUAGUAGUCGAACUUGACUUAUGCGUAAUUGCAGCGCAGCCUUUUGAUUUGAAGACUCCCAAAGUCGACUCUUAUCUUCUCUUCACCUGUUUAAGCAAACCACUCAGAGGAGGAUGAGGAGGGGGGAAGCGCUUCCUGGUCAUCUUUCACAGCCUUUUAGUAGACACCUGCCUCAUGAUAGUAAGAAAAUUAUGCUUUUGGGUUAUUUAUGUAAUUGCCAUUUAACAAAUUUACAGUUAGCACUGUUUGUUUUCGGCAUCACCUAUUUGUCAUUUUAUUUGGACCACCCUCCGUUAUUCUCCGUUUUGGUAUAAACCAGAAGAGCCUCUUUAACAGAAGGCCAGUGUAUUGACAAGUCGUGUUGUUGUCCCUUUAUCUUUGCUUCAUGCGGUGUUUAUAACCUCAAGGGCCAAGGAGUCACAGCAAACCAAAACCGACCAAUAGGCAAUCUUCUUGUCAUCCAAGUGUUCAAUGCCUAACACUGCAGAAAGUGAAGGCGGUAACAUAUCUGGUGCCAAGGACCCGGCACCCCCAACACGGUUGCCGGGCCAAGACAAUGAGCGCGGCUUCCUGAACCCAUUUGGCCGUGAUACGUUGCGCACCAGACGGGCCUCCAGCGCCGAGCUCCAGCUCCCAUGGACAUGCCCGGUCACACAUUCCCGGGAGAAAUUCUACACAGUGUGCUCUGAUUAUGCGCUGCUCAAUCAAGCCCGUCCAAUCCUCACCCCCAGAGAUGUUCCCCAGUCCAGCCACGACGGCAGUACGCCAUUGAGUCAAUCAAACACCAUCACUAUCUCCCAGGGUCAGGCUUCAGAAAUCCAUACACCUUCUGAUGCCUGUGAUAUUGAAGAGACUUUGUCCAGUAACUCCAAGCCCAUUUUAGCCUGGGAGAUCGACACCACCGAUUUUGAUGCCGUUUUAACACGAAAAGCCAGGACAGGUAAUAUAAAGAAAUUUGGUUUGAAGAAAAUGAAGUCAUCCGACCGAUCAAGCAGAAAUGUGCUGGAUUUUCCACCACAAGCUUCUCUGGAAGAAAUCAAGCAGAGGAAAGUCCUGGACUUACGCAGAUGGUACUGCAUCAGCCGCCCUCAGUAUAAAACUUCAUGUGGCAUUUCCUCGCUCGUCUCUUGCUGGAACUUUCUGUACAGUACCCUUGGAGCUGGAAGCCUUCCACCCAUUUCCCAGGAAGAAGCUCUACAUAUUCUCGGUUUCCAGCCUCCAUUUGAAGAUAUCAAGUUUGGACCUUUUACUGGGAAUGCCACUUUAAUGAGAUGGUUCAGACAGAUCAAUGACCAUUUCCGUGUACGAGGAUGCUCUUAUAUUCUGUAUAAACCCCAUGGGAAGCACAAGACAGCAGGAGAGACGGCUGAUGGAGCUUUGCUUAAGCUGACCCAAGGAUUACGAGAUGAAUCUAUGGCCUAUAUUUACCACUGUCAGAACCACUACUUCUGCCCCGUGGGUUUCGAAGCUACCCCAUUAAAAGCUGCCAAAGCUUACAGGGGACCACUUGCACUGAAUGAAAUGGAGCACUGGAUUCUUAUUGGGGAACCAAGCAGGAAACAUCCAGCCAUCCACUGUAAAAAGUGGGCCGAUAUUGUGACUGACCUGAACACACAGAACCCAGAAUACUUGGACAUUCGCCAUACAGAAAGAGGCAUUCAGUUUCGGAAAACCAAAAAGGUGGGAGGCAACCUACACUGUCUCAUGGCCUUCCAACGAGUGAACUGGCAGAAAAUCGGACCUUGGGCAUUAAACUUGGAGAAUCUGAGGCACGAUAACCACCAACAGGGAGCGGAUCAGCGGAGCCAGACUUCAGCAGGGGAAGCUGUAGAUGAAGGUGAAACCAAACGCGGGCACCUGGGCCGCUCUCACAGCACGGGGAAUCAGAAAUCAGAGCAAGCUUGGAAACGGAUCUCUAACACCGCAGAAUAUGGCCACCGAGGCUGCCCUGACAGCGACCUGGACGAGGACAUCGCUGACUAAAAACGAAGUGGUUACAUCUCCAUUGGGAUUUCUACACACUUGUUCAAGCCAAUCAACAACUGAGGUAGAUCAGAACUGGGAGGGGGGAGUUGGGGGGGUGAGCUAUUUCUUCCUUAUGGUCAGUUCAGAGACUUCUAGCAACAGGAUUGGUAAAAACGGGCAGAUCAAACAAAAAAUGUGCAGCGGUCUAUAAACCCAAAUGUACGGUGAGUAUUUUAUGUGCGUGACGCAUUCCAUUAGUGUCAUUCCAGUCAUGUGCUUCAAAGAAGGACUUGUUCAUAAACACCUGAAGCACAGAAUGGGCUAACUUAGUGAGUUCACUUACAUUACGCGUAUAAUGUAUGUUAUGAUUAAAGUUUAAAGUGCAUUAAUAUAAGUAGAAGCCAUGAGAAAAUAGAACAGCCACACUGACUAAUUGAAGCAAGAGGACUGUUUGAACAGGACUGUGAGUCUCUCUCUCUCCUCAUUUAAGGCGGUGUAAUCACAUACUGUGAAAUGAAACAUCAGUGACAUUUCUAUUAUUGUGUAUGGUGACCGAAUAUCAGUUCUUUGUGAAAUGCUGUACGAGAGCAUGGUGGCUUUCAAGUUAUGUGAACCGUUGUGGUGUCCGUUGUAAUUUUUGCCUCAGCAGCAUCUCGAGUAUGUAUUAUGACGAGUGUCUCCACUUAUCUGAAGUCCCACAUACAUUUAAAGACAGUGAGAACUGGAAAUAGGUGGUUGCUUUUAUUUCUUAAUAAAUAUUUAUACAAUUUCUUCUAAAAA